AUGCUGCCCGUAUCGCAAAAAGCCUCGUUCCCCCGAGGCCGAAGUUUUCCUUCAACUUUCCCUAGCGUGCCUUUCUGCGCACUUCACCUUCCCAGCGUGCGUUCGGUCCCUCUCGACAGUGACGUCCGCGGCGCGAUGGUGAGCGUAAUGCAGGCCAACUUGCUGAAUCAGCGAGGGGCAGCGUCGUGUGGGCCUUCUCCUGCCGCCGCCAGGUGCGGGCUGGCCGAGGAGGACGAUACCGAAGCGACCCCGUUGAGUAGCAGCGUCCGGACAGAGGAGGCGUGCUGGCGCAAUGCGGUGACGACCGAGGAUGCAGCGUUGCCGCGAGAUGCCUCUACGUGUAUCCUGUGGUGCGCGAUCGCCCUCGGUGCUCUCGUGCGGGGGUACCCUUUGGCACAUGUGCAGUGGGCCAACCUCGCCAUGGCCUUCGUGCACAACUUCCUUGGCGAUCAGGGAGUGUACGACCUGCUUAGGUACGCCGGGAAGGCUUGGGUGCUCGAGGUAGGCCUCGCCUCGAGGAAGGACAUAGAUGCCUACUGCCAGAGCGUGGCCCCCAUUUGGAAGGGAAAACAAAAUUUGCCACAAGCCGCGGCGGCGGCCUCGAGACCGUCGCCCACUUGUGGAGGGACUGACGAUGCGGAGGGGGUGGUGGGAGGGCUCGUCGACACGCCUCUGCCGACAAAGGAAGGGGGUCUCGCUCUGCCUACCCCCACCGAUCCCUUGCAAGGGAUGAAGGAGGCGAUGCCGGAACUGCUCCGCGCGAAUGGCUUUCUUUUGCGGUGAGGAGGAGGAACGCGAAAAUAUGUGUGAUCUCUAAGGGUGGAUGGAUGGGAUUUUCAAGGAACUACUGAUAGCAGGCAUGCAUGUGCUUUUUGGUGCACGCUGUCUGCUCAUUUCGGUUGUCGUGCAGCCGGUAGGCCGCCUAUGCGCUCCCCCUGAUCCUGAAAGCACGACAUCUUCACGAUGCGAGUAUUAUUGCCUCCCCCUUGCUUUCCUCCUGAAGGUCACAUCACGGGGGACGGCGACCGCUAUAUACCCUGAACAGUUCGAGUGUCGCGCGUGGUAGAGUUGCAACCACAACGUUCGUAAGGGUCUCCUGGCUCUCGGGAGCUCCGUGGGUGUGCGGGUGGCUACGAUGGUGACGUGGGGCCCACACCGUAUUCCCGUCCAAAGAAACUCUGUCUCUUACUGUUCGCUUUUUUCGAGUUUGUUUGUGCCUCUCGCUUCUCGCUCGUGUCCGCUCCCGGCAAUGAUGGCGGGGGAUAGUUCCAAGAUGCAUUCGGGGCUCGGUAGUCUGCUGUACUACAUGUGAGCUGGUUUUCUGAGGGAGCCAUCGCCUAGUCUUCGUUGCGUGGUCUUGAGUGUAUUUGUACAACAUCAAGGCGUUGUGAGUGUGCUCGAUGGCCAGCGGGGAGUGUUAGUCUUACCACUGCGCCAUUAUUCUGGAGUAUAUUCAUUGUUGUCAUUGCGUACACCAAAAGGAGGAUUGUGACUGCGUGCUCACACACAACGUCUAGUGCCCCCCCCCGAUU